CAAACCAUUACUUGUGAAAGGUGGUGGCCUCGAUUUACGCGUGAAACCUUGUCUUUUGCCUCUAAUGAUGACCUUGCAUAUACCCUAUCAUUUUGCUUGUUACAUUUUUCCUCUACAGUAAAAAUUUUUUCAUCGGUUAAUAAAAUAUUUUUAAAUUUUUUUCGACUGUACAGGCGUAGCAGCUUUUUGGAUCUUUCAUGUCUUAUUGCCCUUAACCGGUCCGUCAACAGAUGGCUUUAACAUCUUUUGUAUGCACAUACACCUAAGUCAUCACAGGGUUACGAUUAAUUCUUGAACAAACGGUUUCGAUCGCCUUUUUCGUUCGAACAGAACGAGGGCGACCACUUCUAACCCGAUCAACAAAAUCACCAGUGUUACGAUAACGUCCUGUGGUACGAUAAACAAAACGUUCACUCAUUUCAAGCGGUCGCAAGAGACUGAAAAUUUGUGCCGUCGAUUUACCUGACUUAAACAAACCGAUUAUGGCGAUCCGCAUAUGAUACUCUUCCCACUACAUCGUUACUAUGUAUACUAUGACAAUUCCUGUGAUUGAGCAAUGUACCUGACUCAAGGUGUAUUGAUAAGGUGUCGUCACUCUGGACCCCUAUACGUAUAUGUAUACUGAUAUACGUUGAGUACAAAAACAAAUCCAGGCAUUGAGUAUUUUCUUUUCAAAUUGUAAAUUUGUAUUAAGUGUCCCUUUAUUAUACCUAUAUAACUUGUCAUUAUCAACGGGUUGUUUUCCAUCCGCUUGGAAAUCAAGUUUUAUUACACCUAUUUACAAAGGCAAUGAUGAUACUAAUAUAAUAAAUUAUAGGCCUAUCUCAUUAAUUUCAAUUAUACCUAAGAAUUUUGAAUCAAUUAUUUCAAAAAAGAUUACACCACUUCUCUUACCUUUAAUAAGUUUGGAUCAACAUGGUUUUAUUAAAGAUAGAUCAACAGCCACAAAUCAGUUAAUUUUUCAGAAAUUUAUACUUGAUGCCUUUUCUCAAGGUUUUCAAGUUUAUGUUAUUUUUACAGAUUUCUCUAAAGCCUUUGAUAAAGUUGAUCACCAAAUUCUUAUCUCUAAACUCCGUACUAUUGGUAUUAAUGACCCCUUUCUUUCUUGGAUUUAUUCUUAUAUUUCCGAUAGAAAACAAAUAGUCAAGUGUAAAAACUUUAAAUCGAUUCCGUUUACUGUAUCAUCUGGUGUUCCUCAAGGUUCUCACUUUGCACCAAUUCUAUUUCUGUUAUUUAUAAAUGAUUUAAAUUUGUUUUAUUCUAGAAAAUUACUAUUCGCUGACGAUAUGAAAUUGUUCCGUCUCAUAAAAAAUAGUAAUGAUACAUCUUUAUUACAAGAAGAUUUAAGUUUUUUAGCUAAUUGGUGUGAUAUUAAUAAAUUACCUUUAAACUUCGAAAAAUGCAAAGUUAUGUCCUUCACGAGAUCUCGUAACACAAUUCUUCACACUUAUAGUUUACGUAACCACCAUUUACAUCGUGUAAAGGAAUUUUGUGAUCUUGGUGUCAUAUUCGAGUCUGAUUUAACCUUUAAUCACCACAUUCAACAUAUUAUCAAUAAAUCAUCUUCGAUAUUAGGCUUUAUUACAAGAAACUGUAAAGACUUCAAAAACCAUAACUCAUUAACAAUUCUAUUUAUGUCCUUAGUUAGAUCUAAGCUUGAAUAUAAUUCAACAGUUUGGUCUCCCUAUUUAAACACGCAAAUUCAAUGCAUUGGGAAUGUCCAAAAUCGCUUUCUCCGUUUUAUGUCCUAUAAAUGUAAUAUUAUACUUGUACCUCACUCGUCUUAUCAACCCUUGUUGAACACAUUUAACAUCCAGAGCUUAGCAAACAGAAGAAAGGUAAAUGAUCUAAUAUUUUUGUUCAAACUACUAAACGGUUUUUUCUUCUGUCCGGAGCUAUUGAGUUUUUUAAAUUUUUCUGUUCCUCAAGUCAGAACUAGAUCAUCAAUCAUAACUACUUUUUAUAUAAAUAAUCACAAAACUAAUUAUGCGUUAUCCGCUCCUAUAAAUAGAAUGAUGGCUAUCGUUAAUGAUAUACAAAUUGAAUUUUUUAAUUUCAGUCCAAAUUCUGUCGAUUUUUUCAAUAGUUUUGUAAGAAAAAAAAUGUAUUAGAUUUAUUUCUGUUAUUAUUUUUACUACUGUAUUGAGUUUUUCGUAUUUUGAGUAUUUUCCCCAAUUGUUAUUUUUUACUAUAUUUCUGUGUUUUUUGUACUAUUAGAAUAUUAAGUAUCUUAGUUAUUCAUUAAUUUAUCUUUUCAAAUGUUAUUUAUCAAAUGUGUUUACCAUACCUUUAUGUAUUAUAUAAUAAAUUACAAUCUUUAUGUAAUUGGGUUAUUACCUGUAAAUAAAUAAAUAAUAAUAAUAAUAAUAAUAAU